AUGCAGACUUGGUCUUACCUUCACGUUGCGGCCCUGCUCAUCGGUACCAUUGAGCCUGCUUCAGCAGCCUGCGACCGUGCCACCCUUCAGAAUGUCACCAAUGGCUACAUUGCAGCGCAGACAUCCGGGUCUCUUACCCCAAUAGCUGGCCUUAUCAAUGGCACCAAUUACAGGGAAAACUUCAAGGCCGCCACCAUUUCGAGCGGAAUCCUCAGCCAGGCCCUGAAAAUCGACCACAACCGCACUACGCUCGACACAACUCAAUGCGCCUCGUAUGCCGAGCUGAUCGUUGCCAACUCAGCGCACCAGUACGUCAUCGGCACUCAGCUGUACCUGUCCAACACCACUCCGCAGACCAUUUCCAAGAUCGACACCAUCGUGACAGACCAGGGUGACUGGCUCUUCAACGCCACGGGGACCCUGUACUGGGCAUCCCGGGAGGACUGGGGCCCUAUCGCGGCCGACAAGAGAGAUUCAAGGAAGACAAUUCAGGUUGCCGCGGACGCGUACCUCGACUACUUCAGGGACAAGAGCGUGGUCGUGCCGUGGGGCACGCCCUGUGCCAGACUGGAGGGUGGCGCGUACACCGGCAAGGGGGCUGCCACGGAUUCCUGCAAUGUCGGCGUGCCAAACAACAUUAACUUGACUGACAGGAGAUACAUCAUCGAUGAGGAGGUCGGAGAGGUGGAUGUCUUCUUGAGCUUCGUGUCAAACCCGGACAGUCAUGAGUUCCGGGUUGAAGGGGGGAAAUUGAGAUUUGUGCACACUUUGACUGUCAUGGAGUGA